AUGGAUCGUGCCGCCAAGAGCCAUCAAGUAUCUGAAAAACAGACGCCAUCACGAACUCCACAUCGUUUUUUUCCCUCGAGAGAGGAAGUUGAAGAUCUUAUCUUACGAAAGAAGAAAGGAAACUGCGUACCGAUCUAUGUCUCUUUACCUGCCGACCUACUCACCCCAGUCGCUGCCUAUCUGAGGCUCACCGAUGGAGCAAAACAAAGAGCAGACACAAAGUCAGAUUCAGAGGAUGGAAGUGUUGAAGGUGUAGAAAGCUUUCUGUUAGAGAGUGUGGUUGGAGGGGUGUCUCAGAGCAGGUACAGCUUUGUGGGAUCUAAUCCAUCGAAGGUCUUGAGGACUGGACCGAACCAACCUCUUCAAGGUGAUCCAUUGGUACCAUUGGAAAAAGAAUUGUCAAAGUAUAUCUACGUGGACGUCCCGGGUGUACCUCCAUUCACUGGCGGUGCGAUUGGAUUUGUAGCGUAUGAUUCUAUCUUUCACUUCGAGCCGACUACUCAACGUCCAUUAUCAGAUUCGAUCGGAAUUCCAGAAUCGGUUUUCAUGAUCUGCGAUACAAUUGUGGUGUUUGAUCAUGUCUUUCAGACCAUCAAGGUCGUCUCUCACGUUUUUUUGCCAUCUGCAUCUCCUUCGCCCGAAGACAUCAAACUCGCAUAUCACGAGGCGAGUGAGAAAAUCGUCAAAACUACUUGUAAGUUACAGGACGAGCAAAGAACCCCAAUUCCACAACAGGAUCCAAUACCACCUGUUGCAGAACGGAUAGCUGCCCAGAGUAAUGUAGGAAAAGCUGGGUACGAGUCGUUUGUGACCAAUCUCAAACAACACAUUGUCAAAGGAAAUAUCAUCCAGGCUGUACCCAGUCAGCGGAUUCAUAAGCCGUCCAAACUACAUCCCUUCAAUGCCUACAGACAACUUCGGCAACUUAAUCCAUCGCCAUACAUGUUCUACGUCAACUGUGGAGGAUCGGUACAGCUAGUAGGAGCAUCACCUGAAUGUCUAUGUAAAGUCUCACCCGGCGGUAUUGUAGAAAAUCAUGCGAUUGCUGGAACCAUCAAACGAGGCAAAACUCUGCAGGAAGAUGCUGAACUAGCACAAGAAUUACAAAAUUCCAUUAAAGAUCGAGCUGAACAUGUGAUGCUGGUUGACUUGGCCCGUAAUGACGUUAACAGAGUAUGUAAACCUGAAACCGUUAAUGUAGAUAGCUUGAUGCAAGUGGAGAAGUUUAGCCAUGUGAUGCACUUAACAAGUCAGGUCAGUGGCGUGUUAAGAGAUGGGUUGACAAGAUUUGACGCGUUCCGAUCCAUCUUUCCAGCGGGUACGGUUUCCGGCGCCCCUAAGCUCAAAGCCAUCACACUGGUGGCUGAGCUAGAGAAGGAAAAACGUGGUCCUUACGCUGGAGCCGUAGGCCGCUUCAACUUUGAUGCUAGUGCCAUGGACACAUGUAUAGCCAUUCGGACGAUGGUCUUCAAAGAUGAGAUUGUCUACUUUCAAGCAGGCGGGGGUAUUGUCUACGACAGCGUGGAGGAGGAUGAAUAUGUGGAAACUUUGAAUAAACUCAAGGCCAACGUUACUUGCAUAGAACUGGCUGAAGAUUAUCAUCAUGCCCUCCAACAAUCGAGUUCAACCUGA